AUGGCGGCGGCGGACCUGCGGGAGCUGCGGACGCUGGUGGAGCGGGCCGGCGGCCGGCGGGCAGUAUUGCUGGUGGCCGAGGUGGUGGAGGGGGCCCCGGCGGCGCCCGCGCUGGCCGCCUUCGCCCGCGACCUCCUGGGCGACGAGGCGCCGCGCGCACCGUGCCCGGUGCCGGGGUACCGGGCGCGGCGAGCGGCGGGCGGCGGGCGGCGGGCGCUGGGAGCGCGGCUGCUGCUGGUGCUGUGCGGCGGCGGGGCGGCGCGGGGCCGCGGGGCGCGCACCCGCCUGCGGGAGGUGGUGCGGGACGUGCGAGGCCGCCUGCCCGCGGGGCCGCCGCCCGCCGUCGUGGGCGUCCUGCUGCCCGGUGGGGACGGAGAAGACGCGGCGGUGCUGGACGCGGCGCUGAGGCGGCACUUCCCGGCGCCCGGCACGGUGCAGGCGGCACGGUACAGCCCGGGCAGCCCCGGCGAUUGCCGCGCCGCCGCCUGCCGCGCCCUGCGGGCCGCCCUGCAGCACCCCGCAGAAAACAUGAAACACAGGGAGAGGUGGAGGCUCCCAUCCUUCCUGCAGUGCGUUUCUUGGAACCAGAGGAGCUGGAGAAAAGAUUACAAAGAAAAAGCUGAAAACAACAUUCAUGAAGAUGACCUGCAGGACCCUGAGGAAGAAGUGGCUCUGGCCAGCCUUUCCCCCAAUGGAAACUGUGAAGAAGCUGCUGGAGGUACAGGCACCUAG